AUGUAUUUAUUGAUAUUUUUGAUAUUUUUUUCCGUAUUUAUUUCUCUUCAUAUUAACGUUAAUACAAUUUCUAACAAUGAAAUCUAUUAUCCUUCAUUAUGGCACACUGUUCCAUCAUCAUUAACUGAAUAUCCAUUAGAAAACGAUUCAUCUUCUCAAUAUCGAUUAACUGAUCCAUGGUUUUAUCCACAUAGACUUGGCUUAUAUAAAAUUCUAAUUAGUAGUACCACACCAUUGAUGCCAUUUUGUUCAUCAUCAAAUGCAUCCAAUAUUCUUUUUGCUCUUCCAUCUCAAUUUGGUUGGCAAUUUGAUUCUAAUCGAUUAUUUACUAAUGGUACAUAA